AUGGAGUCAGAACAAGAUAUCGAGCUCGGCCAAUCGUCGUCGUACAGGCCUACCAACGAUGUUGUCGAUAACCUCUCGUGGUCAGAAAUCAGCGUCAUGGUGAAGGACAGGGUGACCAAAAAGCCACUCUCGAUCCUGACCAAGCCUGCGGGUAUUGUCAAUGCAGGCGAAAUGCUGGCCAUCAUGGGACCCAGUGGCUCUGGCAAGACAACGCUACUCAACACGCUUGCGCAUCGUGUCGCUGCUUCUGGGGCCACCACUACAGGCGACAUAUGUGUCAAUGGUAUUCGAAUUGACACUUCCACCCUUCGAGGCAUUUCCGCAUACGUCGAACAAGAAGACGCGCUCAUCGGCAGCUUGACUGUCAGAGAGACUAUGAUCUUCGCCGCUCAACUCGCUCUUCCCAGAAAUGUGACAAAGGCCGAAGCCUUCCGUCGUGUUGAUGAGCUCAUCGGAAGCUUUGGUUUACAGUCCCAAGCACAUACAAUUGUGGGCACUCCCAUCAAAAAGGGACUCAGCGGUGGCCAGAAGAAGAGACUUGGUGUUGCUAGCAGACUGGUGACCUACCCCAAGGUGCUGUUCUUGGACGAGCCCACGAGUGGUCUCGAUUCGGCUCUGAGUUACGAGGUCAUCAAGCAUAUCAAGGAUAUAGGCAAGCGGAACAAUCUCAUCAUCAUUGCUUCCAUCCACCAACCUUCAACGACAACUUACCAGCUGUUCGACAAGCUUAAUCUUCUCUCCCGAGGUCGAACAUGCUAUUUCGGUUCCAUAGAAGAUGCACCAAGAUACUUUGAAGAGAUUGGGUACCCGAUCCCGGCCAUGACGAACCCAGCCGAAUUCUUCCUCGAUCUUAUCAACAUUGAUCUUGACAAGAAUGGAGAGGUGCUCAAACGUACAGAGCACAUCAGCGAUACUUGGCAUGAGGGCGAAAAGAGACGCGCGCUUACUGACGAGAUUCACAAGUCGAGCACCAUGUCCAAACUCGACGUUUCGUCCAUCAAGCUGCCGAGGCCCCGACCCUAUAUGAUCCCGCUGACCCUUUUGCAACGUGCCUGGAUCAAGGCAUAUCGCGAUGUUGUUGCCUAUGGCAUACGUAUCGUCAUGUAUCUCGGUCUGGCAAUCAUGAUGGGUACAGUGUGGCUGCAACUCGGAGACUCUCAGGAGUACAUCCAACCGUACAUCAACGCCAUGUUCUUUAGUGGUGCCUUCAUCUCGUUCAUGGCUGUUGCAUACGUGCCGGCCUUCCUGGAGGACCUCAUGACAUUCCAAAAGGAGAGGGCCAACGGCUUGGUUGGCCCCUCCUCUUUUAUUCUGGCCAACUUCCUCAUCGGCGUUCCGUUUCUCUUCCUCAUCACGAUCCUUUUCUCGGUUGUCGCGUAUUGGCUCGUCGGUAUGCGCUCCGACGGCUCGGCUUUCAUGACUUUUGUCAUGUGGCUUUUCCUGGAUCUCCUUGCCGCCGAAUCUCUCGUCGUUCUGGUCUCGAGCAUCUUCCCAAUCUUUGUCGUGUCUCUGGCCAUCACCGCCUUUGCCAACGGCCUGUGGAUGUGCGUCGGCGGCUUCCUAGUUCCGAUGAACAUCCUGAACGUCUUCUGGAAAUACGUCUUCCACUACAUCGACUACCAGGCCUACGUCUUCCAAGGCAUGAUGGUCAACGAGUUUGAGAGCGCGACAUACGAUUGCGGCCGUGCUGCGGACGGGUCCUUCAGCUGCAUGUUCCCCAGUGCACUGAACUCUCAGGGUAAGAUUGACGGAGGAGCUGUCUUGUCGAAUCUGAACAUCUCUCGUGGCCAGACUGGGCAGCGUGUGGGAAUCAUGAUCAGCAUCAUCGUGGUGUACAGGGUCCUGGCAUUCCUCGUCUUGAGGUUUCUUCGGAAGUGA